AUGCCAACAGAGAUCUCAGCACCUCUACACUUCCGCACUCUUUUGAACGGCCACACCUAUCUCAUCGCCGACUUCUACGCAACAUGGUGUCCACCUUGCAAGCAAAUCGCGCCCAUCUACAACCAACUCUCCACAGCACACACCUCACCAGGGAGAUUCGCAUUCGUAAAGGUCAAUGUGGAUGAGCAAAGGGAGAUCGCGGGGCAAUAUGGUGUCACGGCUAUGCCUACGUUCAUGGUCUUCAAGGAUGGAAAGAAGAUUGAGGAGAUCAGGGGCGCGGAUGUGAGGGCGCUGAAGGCUGCUGUGGAGAAGGUUGCUGGUGAGCUCGGGAAGGUUAAGGAGGAGAAGGUAGAGGCAAAGAAGGCAGAGGCCAAGCCAGAGGUCACAGAAGAAAAGAAGAGCGAAGAGGAGAAGACGGUUAGUGGUAGCUAUGGGAUGACUGGGGGGAACAAUUGGAAGAUGUCGUUGCAUUAG